AUGUCUCAAGCAUCAACCGUCGUCCGCGCAGCCAGGCUAUUUGAACGCUUUAAAGCCAGAGAACUUUGUCAAAAGCCGCUCUUCGUCCCAAAGAACGCUACAAACGGACAAUUACCUCAUCUUCACAAUCCGUUCGUCCCCGGAGUUCGCACUCCAUCCUCAACUAGGAGUCUCCCAAGUAGAUACUCGCUCAGGAGACAAAAAGAGCUCUUGAAGGCUGCCCGGCUGCUUGUUGCAACUGGCCAGGAUCCGACAGCUCUCAACUUUUUGCCUCCUGGUCCUAAAACCCAGUCGCGCAUCACGGGCGGUGGUGUCGACAAGGCACUGAAAUCAAUCAAGAAAAAGGAAGAUGUCGUCUCUGUAGCCGGCGUCGCAAAUGUUUUGGACCCGUCGAUAUCCCAAGAACCCAAGGAGGUUGUCUGGGUUGGAAAGCCUAGGCCACGAAAAACAAUUGGAAUGUACGAAGGCCGUAAGAUUGCAUUUAAACGUCCCAAGAGCGAGCGGGAGAGGCAAGGGAAGGCGGAUACUAUUCGAACCCAGAUGAAAGGAAUGGAAAAGCGUAUAGACGAAUGGAGAAACCGAAGAGCGGGCAGGACUGCAGGAACCAAACUCCCAUUCUAA